CACGAGGCUGAAGGGGACGGAAGAGCCUGGACUUCCUCUUCGCUCUCCCCGCUGAUUGGCUUGCGGAGGUUAUGAAACCCUUGAAUGGGGGCUGCGGGUAACCUUUGCCGCAAAAAGUCGCCCCUUUGAAAAGCAGCGCUGCCGGGCGAGAGGAGACGGCGACCGGCUGCGCAUCAUGAAGUCGGCCGUGGUGCUGCUGGCCGGGCUGUGCGCCUUCACCGCCUAUUAUGUGUACCUGCCUUUGCCGAGCACGGUGUCGGAGCCUUGGCGGCUGAUGCUGCUGGACGCGUCUUUCCGGAUAGCUCAGCAAACGUGCAACCUGGGUCAUUAUUUGGGACUUGGGCAUCACUUGAGGCUUCUGAACUUUAUAAUUGGCACAUUUGACAAGCUGAAUCCCCAGCAAGCGGAACGGGUGAAGAUAACAGAUACACAGUUUGACGGCGUGGAGGUCAGGCUGUACAGACCUCAUGCGAAGGAAGAGAAGACUCUCUGGCGCAGUGUGGUGUACAUCCAUGGAGGAGGAUGGGCCUUGUCCAGUACAAGAGGAAGCUUCUAUAACAAUCUUUGCUCAAUUAUGGCUGAAUCUCUGGAUGCUGUUGUCAUCUCUAUUGAGUACCGACUCGUGCCCGACUUCCAUUUCCCGGUGCAGUUCAAUGAUGUUCUCCGCGCCACAAGAUACUUCAUGCGCCCUGAAGUCCUGGCUCAAUAUUCAGUGGACCCCAGCAGAAUCGCCAUCUCUGGCGACAGUGCAGGAGGAAACCUAGCGGCAGCUGUGUGCCAAGAGAUGAGUCAAGAUCAGAAUGAAACCAACAGAUUUAAAUUGCAGGCUUUAGUCUACCCAGUCCUUCAAGCAUUUGAUUUUAAUACUCCUUCCUAUCAGCAGAAUGAGGUCACCCCUGUCCUGCCACGAUUUGUCAUGGUGAAGUUCUGGAUAGACUAUUUCAAUGGGAACUAUGAGUUUGCCCCGUCCAUGGUGGUUAACAAUCACACUUCCCUGGACGUGAGCCAGACCAACUCUUUCAGGGACCAUGUGGAUUGGACUUCCCUAGUCUCUGCUCGUUUCAGAAAGAACUACAAACCUGUAAUGCCAUCAACGGGGAAGGUGGAAAUCCUGCAGGAUAUACCUUCAUUGCUCGACGUUCAUGCUGCUCCGUUGCUAGCCAAGAAAGAGGUUCUCCGGUUCCAGCCAAAGACUUACAUCCUUACUUGUGAGAUUGACGUUUUGAGAGAUGAUGGGAUAAUGUAUGCCAAGCGGCUGGAGGAAGCUGGGGUGGAGGUAACUGUGGACCACUUUGAAGACUGUUUUCACGGCUGCAUGAUCUUCACCAUUUGGCCAACCAAUUUUUCAGCAGGAAUUCGCACUAGGGACAGCUAUAUCAAAUGGCUCAGUGAAAAUCUGUGAAGAAUGUCUUGCUUGCAAAGAAAAAAAAAUCCAAAACUGUAACGGGUUCAAAAUGAUCUCAUGGUAAUAUCAUGCCUUCCAUUUUUAACAAAAGAUUUAAGUUGCAGCAUAAGAAUGUGCCACUAAUGUCUUGUCUUGAGUCGCUUGGACUUGUGUGUGUAGCUGUGUUGUAGGGAAAGCCGCAAUACAAUUUUGAUCCCAA